AUGGAACAAUUGUCAGACGAAUCAGAGAACAUUCCUCUCCUUAAUGAACAAGGAACAGAAAUAGAUGAUUCAUCAAAGAGCUUAGACAAUAAUCAAGAAGAAGAGAGAAAAGACAUAAUGCAAGAGCCCAAUGUUGAAAUGAGUUUUAAUUCUAUCGACGAGGCAUUUGAAUACUAUAGGAAAUAUGGGAAGCAAUCAGGAUUCCCGGUCAAAAAGAGAACAUCAAGAAAGGGAGAUGAUGGGAGUACAAGAUAUGUUACUAUUUCAUGUGGUAGAGCCGGGAAAUUUAAAAGUACAACAAGUAACUCUCUAAAGCCUCGUCCAAGUGUGAAGACUGAUUUCAAUCGUGGAUUAAGUUCAUCAAUCAAGAGGAGGCUUGAGUUGAAUGAUGUUGCUAAAAUAGGGACAAACAAGAGUUACAACUUGAUUGUUGUUGAAGCUCGGGGAUAUGAGAAUGUACCAUUUUUAGAAAAAGAUGCUCGAAAUCACAUUGAAAAAAUGAGGAGAUUGCGGCUGAAGGAAGGUGAUGCUAGUGCAGUUCAAACUUACUUUUUGGAUAUGCAAGCCAAGAAUGCUAAUUUCUUCUAUGCCAUUGAUAUAAAUGAAAAGGGUCGACUGAGAAAUUUGUUUUGGGCAGAUGCAAGGAGUAGGGCAGCAUACCAUGAAUUCGGUGAUGUUAUUACAUUUGACACUACUUAUUUGACAAAUAAGUAUGAAAUGCCUUUUGCUCCAUUUGUGGGGGUUAAUCAUCAUGGACAGUCGAUAUUGCUAGGAUCAUGCAUGUCUGGGAAUGCUCCUGGUGGAAUUAUUACUGAUCAAGAUAGAGCUAUGAGAAACGCCAUUGAGAUUGUCUUCCCGAAUACUAGGCACCGUUGGUGCUUGUGGCAUAUACUAAAGAAACUUCCUGAAAAGUUAAAAGGAUAUGCAAAAUAUGAAUCUAUCUCGAUAACCUUGUUAAACACAAUUUAUGAUUCAUUAUCUCGUAUUGAGUUUGAGGAACGUUGGGAUGAGAUGAUUAAGAAGUAUGAGUUGCAGAAAAAUGAUUGGUUGGAUGUCAUGUUUGAGGAGAGAACUCGUUGGGUUCCAAGUUUUGUUAAAGAUUUUUUUUGGGCAGGAAUGUCUACCACACAAAGAAGUGAAAGUAUGAAUUCAUUCUUUGAUGGCCAUGUCAAUUCUAAGACUACCUUGAAACAAUUUGUUGAGCAGUAUGAAAAUGCACUGAGAAGUAAGGUGGAGAAAGAAAACCAUGAAGAUUUUAAGUGUUUCUCAUAUAGUCUUCUUGGUGCAACUCAUUAUGACAUGGAGGUACAAGCACACAAUAUUUACACAAUUUCAAAGUUUAAAGAGUUUCGAGAUGAAUUAACUGGUAAAAUGUAUUGUGACUUCAUUUCUGUUGAAGUGGAUAACUCAGUUUCAGAGUACAUAAUUUCUAAAGAUAUCAAGGUUGGAGAGAUGAAGAAAACUGUUCACUUUCAGGUUUCAUUCAACGAAGAAAGUGAUGAUAUUCACUGUAAUUGUUGCCUCUUUCAGUUUAGAGGUAUACUAUGCAGACAUGCGAUAUAUGUUUUGAUUUGUCAUAAGAAAAUCAUGAUUCCUGACAAAUAUAUCAUGAGAAGAUGGAGAAAGGAUGUGAAGAGAUGUCACACAAUGGUUAAAAUCAGUUAUGGCGGAUGGGAUGCUAGACCUGACUCACAAAGGCUUGACAAAAUGCAAAAGAACUUUGACGAUAUUAAGGAAUUAGCGUAUGAUUCUGAAGAUAAGUGUAUGAUAGUUUUGUCUUGUUUGAACAACCUAAAAGAUGAACUAUCCAAACACGAGUCCAACACCACUGGCGCUUGUGGAGGUGUUGAACCAGUGCCUGGGUCACCUAUUAAUACUAAUGGGUGCGAAGUUGAUGGUAUUUCAAAUCCAAGUCAGCACAUACUUACUCCACUGGUUAAGAAGAGAAAAGGUCGGCCACCAUCUAAAAGGAAGGUGUCUAAGGUAGAGGAAGAGAGUUCAAGCACAGCAAGUCGCCGACCCUUAGAAAAGAAUGACUUUGAGAAAGAACAAGAGAAAGGAGUCAAAAACAAACAAAAUGGAAGGAGCAAGUCUGCAGCAAGCAAAAAGCAAAAUAAUGAAGGAGAAAGAAUGAAGGACAUUUCAACCUCCACAAGUGGCAAUACCAGAAGAGUUCGUAUACCAUCGAAAAGACUAUUGGAAACAAUUUGA